CAGGGAAACAUUUCUCAGCUGCCUUUCUUCAUUCCUCUGCUGAGCCUCUUUGUAUCAAGUACCCAUGAUAUAACUCAUUUACGACUGCCAUUGUUCGAUCAAUUGGCCUCUUUUCUUUAGACACCUACCUCGUAGCCACAGCAUCGAGCUCUCGUGAUGCUCCCACGACAAGCCGCAUCGCUAUCGCGCGCCUACAACACCACUUCCAGAGCUUCUCUGCUAUGUAGGACGCUGCCCCGAACCUCGAACCUCCAAACGCGCGCAUUCCUCGGCAGCCAUGCAGGCCUCACAACUGCUGCGAAACGCGCCCGCCCCAGCGCUCAGCUGGCGAGCUCAGCUGCCCUGCAAACGCCCCACCUGAACCGAUGCGGCUCAACAAUACGAUUUGCAUCGACCAAGCCGGCGCCCGCUCGCGGUUCACGGCUGAUACGGCUUGCAUACAGGACGUCGGCUGCUCUGGGCAUUUUUGUCGCCAUUGGUGGUACUCUGGUCAUCGCCUUCUUCAUCUAUGAUGCAUCCACGUACGACGAGGGGCCAGUCGCGACAAGUCUCUCCGUAUCAGAGCUGGCACUGAACCCCAAGAAAGGCGGACCAAAGAACCUGCCCAUCGCUGAGCACUUUGUCGACGAUGAUGAUUGUCCAGAGAACAGGGCGGUAAAGCACAAGCCAAAGCUGGUCAUUUUGGGCACAGGCUGGGGGAGCGUAGCCCUAUUGAAGCAGUUGAACCCUGAUGAAUACCACGUCACGGUCAUCUCGCCCUCAAAUAAUUUCUUGUUCACGCCUAUGCUGCCGUCUGCCACCGUUGGCACACUCGAGUUGCGGUCGCUUGUGGAACCCGUCAGGAGGAUCGUGCGGAGGGUGCGUGGGCACUUCCUCAAGGCCAAAGCUGAGAAUGUUGAGUUCUCGGAGAAACUUAUCGAGUGUUCGGCCUUGGGCGCCAACGGCGAGGAACAGCGCUUCUACGUACCAUACGACAAACUCGUUGUCGGCGUUGGUUCCGUCACAAAUCCUCACGGCGUUAAGGGCUUGGAGCACUGCCACUUCCUGAAGGACAUCAGCGAUGCCCGAUUGAUCCGUAAUGCGGUCGUUCGGAACCUCGAGAGCGCCUGUCUGCCGACGACCACCGACGAGGAGCGACGGAGACUUUUGUCGUUUGUGGUCUGUGGUGGUGGACCAACUGGUGUCGAGUUUGCGGCUGAGCUGUUCGACAUGUUGAACGAGGACAUGUGCAAGUCUUUCCCCAGGAUUUUGCGCAACGAGAUCUCCGUUCACGUCAUCCAGUCUCGAAGUCACAUCCUGAACACCUACGACGAGAAUUUGUCUGAGUAUGCCGAGAAACGAUUCGCACACGACCAGGUCGAUGUGCAGAUCAAUGCCCGUGUCAAGGAAGUCUUGUCCGACCGAAUUCAGUACUCCCAGAAAGAUGAAGAGAGCGGGAAGAUCGUCACCAAGGAGAUCCCCAUGGGCUUUUGUCUUUGGUCAACGGGUGUUGCACAAACCGACUUCUGCAAAACGCUCGCAGCGAAACUCGACGGCCAGAACAACAAACACGCCCUCGAGACCGACACACAUCUUCGCCUCAACGGUUCCCCACUAGGCGACGUAUACGCCAUCGGCGACUGUUCAACCGUACAAAACAACGUAUCUGAUCACAUCGUGAACUUUCUCCGUACAACAGCGUGGGAGAAGGGCAAGGACCCGGAGACGCUACAAAUCUCGUUCGCGGACUGGCGCGGCGUCGCGAAACGCGUAAAGCAGCGCUUCCCCCAAGCAGCCAACCAUCUCCGUCGCCUAGACAAGCUAUUCGAAGAAUACGACAAGGACAAGUCCGGCACCCUCGACUUUGGUGAACUGCGCGAACUCCUCUUCCAAAUCGACUCGAAACUAACCUCGCUGCCCGCCACCGCGCAACGCGCUCACCAGCAGGGCCAAUACCUCGGCCGCAAAUUCAACAAGAUGGCACAGAUGGCUCCUGGCAUGGCGCUCAAUGAAAUCGACUACGGUGACAUCGACGAAGCAGUCUACAAGGCCUUUGAGUACACGCACCUCGGCAGUCUGGCGUACGUGGGCAAUGCGGCCAUCUUCGACAUCAACGGAUACAGUUUCAGCGGCGGGCUGUUGGCUGUGUACGCGUGGAGGAGUGUGUACUUUGCGCAGAGUGUCAGCUUCAGAACGAGGUGUUUGCUCGCCAUGGACUGGAGUAAGCGGGCACUUUUUGGAAGAGAUAUCAUGAACUUUUGAGCGAAUGGUGCAGUGGAAUUGGUCAUUUGUUGCUGCGUGACCCGUUAUUGAGGCCCCGGCAUGUAGACUUCUUUGUGUAUACCUAUAAAUGCUACUACGUACUCUCUGUUACUACAAAUAGCAUACCCAACGACGUGAGCUACGUACAAUCCUGCUUGCACUCUCAGUUUACAAGGGGCAGCGUUAUCAGAUGUCGCCGUUAAGGUAACAUAUGCAGCAAAAAAGCGGGUGUCUAAGCGACAUAUCUUAGAAGUGAACAUCAAUCAACUCAACACAUGUGCAGAGAUCAUCUGAGAGACAAGAUUAUAUUUUUCAUGAUCCAUUGCACAUCAUAGUAAG